GUCAUCGAUGGUGGCGUAGAUGAUUCUCCACCCCUGCCUUCCGCAGAAACUACGGAAUCUAAUGAGCCAAUCCAUUCGAUACCAUGGACGACCGGCAAAAAUUGAGAUAACACAAGAAGGAUGCUACCCCGAGCCAUCCUCCCUAAGCCAACUGGCCAGGGAAAGAACAGUUCCAAGCCCGGGCCACAGAAGAAGAAGUCCCAACCACGGACAUACAGGUGCGGAGUUUGUUUGGCGGAAUUUUCCCGCCAUUUGGCCACCAAGCGCCACGAACAGCAGUGUGAGGCCAAAUUGAGGAAGCUGCAUGUCUGCCGGCACUGCCUGUCGCUCUAUGGAGACGAGACCCGUUUGGAGCGGCACCGGGAAAGGAAGCAUUCGGACGGGCAGUUCCUUUGCCUGCAGUGCGGUAAGCGAUACUCUUCUGCCACGUUCCUGUACCGGCACGUGGUCUCCUGGCAUGGCAACCAUGCGCUCUUCUACUGCUCCAUGUGUGCCGACAACUGCAACGACGCCAAGACCUUUGGCGGAAUGCGGGAGCUCCAGGAGCACGCCGCCGAAGUCCACCAACUGGGCAGUGCCUCCCUCGACGAGGGCGGCAGCGAAGCGGAUAGUCUGCUGGACGAGACCGAGGACCUCGAGAUGCUCGAGGAGAACAUUGAGGACAUGCUGCCCAACGUAGACUGGGGCGACGACUUCGCCUUCGACUGGCCGAUGGACCUGGACAAGGAGGCCUGCAUCUCAGAUGCCAAGCCCAGCGUGUUUGUGUGCCCCGUCUGCGCCAACGGCUUUUCCGGCAGCCUAAGCCUCGUCAGGCACCUGGAGCGUUCGCACCAGCGCAACCCCCUGGAGUGCUGCUUCUGCGGCCGGACGCACAACACCCGGGAGGCGGUGCGAUCUCAUUUGCAGCGAGUCCACAUCCUGGUGCGCCUGCACGUGUGCGGUGUCUGCCAUGCGGACUUUGCCACCGCCGACCACUUGCGCAAACAUGUCAACAGCCAGCACUUGGACCACCGACCGCAUCAGUGCAUCCUAUGCGGAAAGUGCUUCGCCCAGCGCGGCCAUCUCGUCCAGCACCUGAAGACUGACCGAGACCACUCCCGGAACCAGUUUGUCUGCCAGCUGUGCCAGUGGCCCUUCUUCCGGGCCAUCGAUCUGGAGCGACAUGUCAACGACAAGCAUCCCUAGGAGAUGAGAAUCUUUGUUCUGGACAAGAGUAUUCGCUUAAUUCUUCGAGGUUCUAUAUACAGGUUCUUAUCUAGAAUUAUAGGAUCUCAGGAUUACCAAAAUUAUGUACUCAAGAUCUAUAAUUUAAGUUUAAGGAUAUGUUAAUUAUUUUUUGAAUUAUUAAUCGAUAUAGUCGGCCGAUUCCGGCCGUUCCGACUUAUAUACUGGAGGUACAGAAGGUACUGGAGGUAUACAGGAGGUGAUCCUGAUUAAGAAUAUAUAUACUUUAUAGGGUCGGAGAGGUCUCCUUCACUGCGUUGCACACUUUUGGACAAAAUUAUAAUACCCUCUGCAAGGGUAUAAAAAUUAUCUGAAGGUACACGGUAUUAAUAUACACAUUAAUAAGAAACUGAA